AUGGCCACCCGUGUUAUCCCACCAAGAAUCCUAAGGAAGCUCCGCUACAACACCGCCUCAAAACCCCUCAACUCCGUGCACCCUCCUCUCUCCCCGACUCUCUCUCCUUCUCCCUGCCUCCCACCCCCGACCUCUACCGUGCUCCGUCCAGCCUCCGCUGCCGACCUUAACUUCCACGACGUUGAGAAGCUCUUUUCCCACGUCCGCACCUCCACGCUCCUUCGAUCCACCGCCGUCCUUCACGCCACCGCUGUCGAGCCCUUUGUCGACUUUGGCACCUGGCUCAUGCGAUCCAACCUUGCGCAAGUGCCUGGCCUCCACGAACUCAUCCUCGGCACCGUUCGCUCCACCUUCUACGAACACUUUUGCGCCGGAGAGGACGCCCCCACCGCCGCCUCUAGCAUCCACGCUCUCAACCACGCCGGCCUCCGCGGCAUGCUCGUCUACGGCGUCGAGGACGCCCUCGACAAUGAAGCCUGUGACCGCAACUUCACAGCGUUUCUCCGCACCAUCGAUGUCAGCCGAUCUCUUCCCCCUUCUUCGGUGAGCUUUGUGAUUGUGAAAAUCACUGCAAUAUGUCCAAUGAGUCUACUGGAAAGAAUGGGUGACUUGCUUAGAUGGCAGCACAAGGAUCCCUCUUUCAAUUUGCCAUGGAAGCAAGAGUGUCUCCCCAUUUUCUCCGAGGCAAGCCCUCUGUACCACACAAGGACUAGACCCGAGCCUCUCACCCCAGAGGAAGAGAGGGACCUUGAACUUGCCAUUCAGAGAUUCCAUGAGCUUUGCCAAAAGUGUGCACAAGCCAACAUCCCUUUAUUGGUUGAUGCUGAACACACUACUGUUCAACCUGCUAUUGACUACUUCACCUAUUCCUCUGCCAUCUUGCACAACAAGGAUGAUAACGCCAUUGUGUAUGGCACCAUUCAGACCUACCUGAAGGAUGCCAAAGAGAGGUUGCUGCUGACAGUAAUGGCAGCAGAGAAGAUGGGAAUCCCAAUGGGGUUCAAACUUGUGAGGGGAGCUUAUAUGUCAAGCGAAACAAAAUUGGCCGAGUCUUUGGGUUAUCAAUCCCCAAUUCACAACACCAUCGACGACACGCACAAGUGCUUCAAUGAUUGCUCAUCUUUCAUGCUUGAGAAGAUUGCUAAUGGCCCUGGUGGAGUUGUCCUUGCAACUCACAAUAUGGAGUCAGGGAAACUGGCUGCUGCAAAAGCUCAUGAGGUGGGGAUUGGAAAGGUGAACGACAGACUUGAAUUUGCACAGCUGCAUGGCAUGUCAGAUGCCCUUUCCUUUGGUCUAAGCAAUGCAGGGUUUCAAGUGAGUAAGUAUAUGCCAUUUGGACCUGUGGAAACUGUUAUGCCAUAUCUCCUGAGAAGGGCUGAAGAGAAUAGAGGAGUAUUGGCUGCUUGCGGCUUUGACAGGCAACUUAUGAGGAAGGAGCUGGGAAGGAGGCUAAAAGCUGCUGUCUUUUAA